AAGAGACUCAGAUUCCGGUGUUUCCCAUUAGUAUGUUUAUAUAUAUUAAUGGCUAAUGUCUUUUUUCCGUAGGUUGGUCACUCUACAGUUGGGCGUUGUUACUUGUUAGGGCGGUGGUUGAUGCGGACUGAAAUGUAGGUCGUGGUGGUGUUUGGUAUUACGAAUUUUGGUGGAAAUGUUUUAAUAUGCGACAGUGGUUUGAAAAAUGUCCAUUUUAGAAGAGCCAAAGGAUUACAUGAAAGAACCGGUGGUUUUCAAAAAAGAGUUUGGUGAUUACACGGCAUUUUAUGUUGCAAUAGGUAUUUGCACUGUUUUUGGGGCAUUCCUCUUCUUGCUGAAUAUAGUGUUUUGCUGCUGCUCAAAGUACAAAGAAUAUUGGAAGGACAGUAAUACAGGCAAUCGUUGGCUUGUGUCAAUUUGGACGAAAACUCCACAUCAUCAGCCACCACUUGACCUUACAGAACUUGAGGAGUGUUAUAUACCCUCAAAACAGAUUGCUGCUGAAUAUCCUCAGGAGUACUUGGAACUUCAAAAACGUGAGAGUGAUCUCUAAUCUGCUAUGGCUUUCCAUAUCUACUGGCCAGCUCUGACAGUAUUUACCUUGUUUAUUCUGGGGAUUAUUAUUGUCAUGCUUAAAUAUGGUCCCAGAAUAUGCAAAACACGACACACAGCAAAACCAACAGAGUAUGAAUGGGAAGACAAAACAUAUGAACAGAAAGUAUCGUAUGCAUAGUUUUGAGGAUAAUUCAUUUCAGGUAGAAUUUUAUCAAAGUUGAGUAUUUUUUUUAUAAUUUCUGUUGUAGAAGAAAGGUAAUUGGUGGGUUGAAUUCGGCUUUCUUUUGUCUUCAUUGCUCAUGAAAACUUAAUAUGUCUAAUGUCAUAUUUUCAUAGUAAUUGAAUCAAGUACUUGAAGAAAAUAAAUUUUGAUUCUUUGCCUUCAAAAAUAGUGAUUAAUUCACCGUAAUAUUAACUGAAUUUGGAGACUUUUGACGUGAUCGAGUUACAGUAGAAAACAUAUCUCUCAGUUACAGGACAAUAAUUGAUGUGCUUACUACAGUGAUUUAUGAGAUUUCAGAAGUUAUCAUUUAUGGUUCAUAAGUAGACAGUAGUGUCAAUGUAGGAACAGUUCAGCUCUGAUGACCAAACUGAGAAAUUCCUGAUAUAGAAAGAAUUACUUAGUUAUUUUCAAUAUAUUCAUUUUUACCUUUCGUGUGCCUGACAGCAGCAACUCUCUGUUCAUGUUACUUAAACAUACUUGGUAUUGUCUUGCCAUUCAUUACAUCUUUUCUUACAGUAGAGUUAACAAAAAAUUCAAGAAUCAAAUAUGCUUUGCAUAGUUAAUUUUGUAUUGACAAUUGAUCUGAAACAGCGUAUUGUUAAGUAUCGCUGUUGUGAAACUGGUAUCUAUUGGAACUUCCUGCCGCACACUCCUCUGUGGAGUGAAAGUUUCAUUCUGGUAUCUAUUCCACAGAGAUACUGCCAUUAAUAACAUUCUUUAAAGAAAAAAUGCUAGUGCCUCUAAUAUAGUAGGUGUAGUGUUCAGAAAUAUAUGUAAUCAACUCUCAGUAGUAAAAUUCAAAUGGCAGGAAUGUACACUACAGUUUCUAUAUUUUAGAAGGACCACACCAUUUUUGUGAAAAUGUUAUGUUUCAUUAUGUUAUUUGAUACACUUUUUUUCCACACAGAAUCUCAGCCUUAAGUUGAACAGGGUUUACACUUUUUUUCCAUACAGAAUCUCAGCCUUAAGUUGAACAGGGUUCACUGAAUAAUAAAGUGUAAAAGCUAUAUUUUUUCAUAUGUUUUCACUUACUUGUAAUUUUUAUUAUUCUGUUUUAUAAAUAGAAGUUACAUCUUAAAAAGAAAGACACACUGUUGAGAUUAACUGGCCAAGAAGUAAUCACUACAACAUUCUCCUUUGUGAUAAUAGUGCCAAACCGUCACUUCACUUAUGCUGAUAAUGAAAUGACAACAUGUUUCAGCAAAUUGGAUAGGAAUCAUUACAUGAUGCAAAACUACAAGGGGUUCUACUCCUGUUUGUUUAAUAUUAGCACAAAUUGUUGGUUGUGCCUGUCCAACAUAUAAGAAAUUAUUACAUGGAACAAAAAGUAACUUAUUUUGUUUCUACUGUUGUGUUGUAGAUUACAGAUUACAUACAUAUAUUUGAUAUUGAUAUCUGAGAAACUUUAGACAUCUUUAUCAUCAUUAAAAUAAUUAUAUUAUUGAUUUACAUGUUUAUUGAACAUUCCUCUGUCAGUACAGUAUAUUCUUUUGCAGUAUUAUUGUACUCUUACCUUUAAUUGUAAAUCAAAUUUUUGUACUUGGGGCCACAGUGACAAGUAUGAAAGUAAUAUUGACAAUUUUCUGUAUAUUAGGGAAAGCACCAGAGAUUUUUUUAAUAUAUGAACCUGCUUUUGGAUGCACAAUUCUAAUCAGAUAUUUGAAAUAAACGAAAAACAAAUGAAUCUUAUUCCCAGGGAUGAAUAGUUGUAACAACAAUUGUUUGUCAUUUGGACAGUGGAGGAUAAGGAAGAACUAUGAAAUGAAAUUUGAGUAAAUAUUGGUUCUUUCGUUUCUCCUUUAAGUGUGUCAGCUAAAAUUCAUGUAUUUUAAAAAGUUAUAAGAUGUGCCUUCAGGAUGCUGAAAUAUGUUGGUUAAAUUCUCUGGAAGAUGUUACUUUUCUAAAACUUGAUGUAUUUAGUAAUCCUGUUCCUAAUGGAAAAUUGAGGUAUUUUGUAAUGUUGUUGUUAGCUAAUAGCUGCUGAACUAGUAAAGCUUUUAUGUACAAGGUUAUGUAAUAAUUCCGUCCAUUUUAUACAUUUAUAUGAAAGUUUUUGUAUCUUUCUUUAAACAAGAAAUAUACCUAGAUGUUGGUACUUCUUGUAAAUAA